GAGUCUCCGACCGAGCCAUCGACUCCUGGAUGCAAAAGAAUGCCCGGGAAAACCCCUUUAUCCCAACACGUACACGUGGCAGGCCGAGAAAGACCCGCCUCCUUCAGACCUCCCAUACAGGAAAUUUCAUAUUAUCUUCUUCUAUCCGCAGUAGCAGUUUGCUCUGUUUGCAGGAGUUCUGUCAAAAACGAGGGUUGUUGUGUGAAGAGUAUGUGGUUAUAAAGUUAGGAAAGAUGCAGGCCUGCAAUUUCCACUCCCGCACCCUUUCAAAAGCGAAAAUCCCAUUGCUCUCCUUCUUCCAUUCCUCUCCAUGCCUUAGCAGCAGAGAUUGGAAAAAUCCACGCUCCUUGAGAUUUAGAGACAUAUCAAGGUCCAAUUCAUUGCGGGUUAAAGUCAAAGCACAAGCAUCCAAUGUUAAUAUUGGAGCUGGGGGCUAUGAAGGAGGCGAGGAAAAUGAAAGCAGCAAGACUUCUGUCCACAAUUCUGACUCUAAAAAUUUAUCUGAGUCUGCAAAACCUCUUACAAGAGUUCCCUUUCCACCAUCCGUAGCUGGUGUGCUACUUGGAUGCGCUUUAGCAUUUUCCUUGGCUGCUUUUAUGACGGGAGGCCCUUCUGCACUCUUAGCAGCAAUUGCUAAGUCAGGCUUCACUGCUGCAUUCACUUUGAUAUUUGUUUCUGAGAUUGGGGACAAGACAUUUUUUAUUGCUGCAUUGUUGGCUAUGCAAUAUGGAAAAGGACUGGUUUUAAUGGGAUCAAUGGGUGCUCUUUCACUUAUGACAGUCCUAUCUGUGGUAAUAGGACGGAUAUUUCGUUCAGUACCAGCACAGUUUCGAACAACUGUGCCCAUCGGAGAAUAUGCAGCAGUAGCUCUUCUUAUGUUUUUUGGUUUGAAAUCAAUAAAAAAUGCAUGGGAACUUCCAUCGGACAUGGCUAAGAGCACUAAAGAGAGCCCUGAACUUGGAGAAUUGGUUGAAGCUGAGGAGCUUCUGAAGGAAAAGGUAGCAAAGAGGCUAACAAAUCCACUUGAAAUCAUCUGGAAGUCUUUCAGCCUCGUGUUCUUUGCUGAAUGGGGUGAUCGCUCGAUGCUGGCUACAAUUGCUCUGGGUGCUGCGCAGUCCCCAUGGGGUGUAGCUGGUGGCGCCAUUGCCGGACACCUGGUUGCAACAACCGUUGCAAUUCUAGGGGGUGCAUUCCUUGCCAAUUACAUUUCGGAAAAACUGGUUGGCUACUUGGGUGGUGUGCUCUUUCUCCUUUUUUCUGUAGCGACACUCCUAGGAGUUUUCUGAAAGUUCAUCAGAGCCCCAUUUGCAAGCAGCAUCAGCGCGUUCUCCACCGCAAGAUAUCCAGAAUUGAUUGAGGUCCCAACAAAGCAAUAAAAGGAUUUCGAAUUCCUUAAGUAUGCUUGUCUUAUGUGGAAUGUUUUUACAGCUAGUUUUCAUUUCCAUAGAUAGAACUAAUUAAGAUUUAUUUAUGUAAGAACAGAGUCACCAGUCAUGGAUGCAGAAUGUAUAUCAUCUUUGCUAGAUUCUAGCAACAUAUUGUUGGACUCUAUCAUUUUUGUUAUUGUGACACUCCCGGGUUUCUUCCCAAUCCCAAUUUUUCCUUAAAUACAAGGAUUUUGUUGC